AUGCGUUAUCGCGAGAGAGCGAUGGAGCGUUUACUGGAGAUGGCUAACGCGCAGAAGAUGGUUGAAGUUGCUGAGGACGUGUUCUUUGCAGAGGAAUAUCUCAGGCUUGUCGACAAUGGGACGAUUCUUGAGGAUGAUCUGGUUCUGAUGCUCUCGCUUGAUGGCGCUCAGCUCUAUGAAUCUAAGCAGUCCGAUUGCUGGAUC